AUGCAGGUUGCUUCGACACCUAUUGACAUUCAGGAGCUUGAACGAGAUCUAGCAUUACAUCCAGACAGAGACUUUGUUUCUUACCUUUUAACUGGUUUAAGGUCGGGUUUCCACACCGGAAUUACUUCUCUCCCUAGAAACUCCAUUGAGUGUGCCAAUUUGCUGUCUGCUAGGAAUCAGUCUGAUGUUGUGAAGGAACUGAUAGGAUCAGAGCUUGACAAAGGUUUUCUGAUAGGACCUUACCAUGAGUGCCCUUUCGACACUUACAGGAUAAAUCCUAUAGGCAUAGCAGAGAGCAAAUAUUCUAGGAAAAAACGUUUAAUCGUUGAUUUGUCUUCUCCACAUAACAAUGAUGAUAACCCGAGUUUAAACGACUUAAUCAACAAAGAUGAGUUUUCUCUGCAAUAUGUGACUGUCGAUGACGCUAUCAAUAUCAUUAAGCGAUUUGGUAAAGGCAGCUAUUUAUGUAAGACAGAUAUCUCCGACGCCUUUAAGCUAAUACCCAUUCACCCAUCUCUGUGGCCUUUCCAUGGUAUCAAAUGGGAUGGUUUGUAUUAUUUCUAUACUCGACUGGUGUUUGGAAGUAGAUCGAGUCCCAAGAUUUUUGACUGUUUAUCACAAGCUGUGUGUUGGAUAGCAGUUCACCAAUAUAACAUUCCGAAUAUCCUUCACCUGCUAGAUGAUUUCCUAACUGUGGAUCCACCAAACUUUCACCAAGCCACCAGUACCAUGGAGAAACUUAUGUGUUUGUUCGAAUCGUUAGGUAUUCCCAUUGCUCAACAUAAGACGGUGGGGCCGUCACUAUGUUUAGAUUAUUUGGGAGUUACCCUGGAUUGUGAUCUCAUGCAGGCAAGACUACCCGGAGAAAAGAUAUUCAGAAUUUGUGAGAUAUUAACUGAGUUUAAAGACAAAAAAUGUUGUACUAAACGUGAACUCCUCAGCUUACUUGGACAUUUAAAUUUUGCGAGUAGAGUUAUUCCACAUGGUCGUUCAUUUGUGUCAUAUCUCAUCAGCUUAUCUACCAAAGUCAGAGAAUUACAUCAUCACGUCAAGUUAACUGAGUCAUGUAGACUGGACUUAAAUAUGUGGCUCCUGUUUCUCUCGCGGUGGAAUGGGAUUUCAUUUUUUCUCAACGACAAUGUUACACAGGCGGCUCACAUGCACUUAUUUACUGAUGCGACAGAUCGUGCUUUCGGAGGGAUUUUUGGUAAUAAGUGGUUUCAAGGGACGUUCCCCUUGGAGUUAUACGAGGGAAAGGAUAAGAUCUCCAUGGCUUUCUGUGAAUUGUUCCCCAUUGUGAUUGCAUGUGUGUUAUGGGGCAAAGAAUGGUCAAGGAAAAGGAUUUUAUUUCAUUGUGACAAUAUGGCAACUGUGGACAUUAUAAAUAAAGGACGUUCCAAAGUAGAGCUGAUUAUGAAUUUAAUGAGGAAGUUGACAUUUUGUUCAAUGUCUAACAAUUUCAUUGUUCAUGCAAGACAUAUUCCAGGCAUAGAUAAUUCUAUAGCGGAUGCUAUUUCUCGUUUCCAGAUGGAGAAGUUUCGUCAUCUCGCCCCACAUGCAGAUCCAUUUCCAACACUGUGUCCUCCACUUUCCAGCCUGAUGUUGUUCGGGAAAAGCAAAUGA